GACACGCGUGCCAGGUUUCACUCUCUCAUCAGGACGUCCCAAGGGCAUCGAAGCGAGCCAAGAUGUCUCACCAUUGUACCAAGUUCUCUGGCCAUUGGAAGAUCAUCGUGUACGAUGAGGAGUGCUUCCAGGGCCGCCAUCAUGAGUUCACCUCAGAGUGUUGCAAUGUUAUGGAGUUUGGCUUUGAGAGUGUUCGCUCACUGAGGGUAGAGAGUGGAGCGUGGGUGGGCUAUGAGCACCCCUCUUACCAGGGCCAGCAGUUUGUGCUGGAGCGAGGAGAGUACCCUCAGUGUGAUGCCUUUGGAGGAAGCAAUGCUUACCACAUUGAGAGGAUGACCUCCUUCAGGCCUAUCUCCUGUGCUAACCACAGGGAGUGCAGAAUGACCAUCUAUGAGAGGGAGAACUACCUGGGUCGUAAAGGAGAGCUAAGCGAUGACUACCCCUCACUGCAGGCCAUGGGCUGGUGCAACAAUGAAGUGGGCUCCAUGCGCAUCCACUCUGGAGCUUUUGUCUGCUACCAGUACCCUGGCUACCGUGGAUACCAGUACAUCAUGGAGUGCGACCGCCACGGUGGGGAGUACAAACACUUCAGGGAGUUUGGCUCUCACUGUCAGACUCCUCAGAUCCAGUCCAUCCGCCGUAUCCAGCAGUAA